CCUGCUGCUGAAGACUUCCCCUCCCGCGGUGACAGAGUCUCUGGGUACCCGGGGUCGGAACUGUCCUGACACCUCGCGCCCCUGCCAGAGGUGAAUCAACAUGAUGGAUUUCUCUAAGCUACCGAAAAUACUUGAUGAAGACAAUGAAAGUGCAUUUGGUUAUGUGCAUGGGGUCUCAGGACCUGUGGUUACAGCCUGUAACAUGGCAGGUGCAGCCAUGUAUGAGCUAGUGAGAGUGGGCCACAGUGAGUUGGUUGGAGAGAUUAUUCGACUGGAAGGUGACAUGGCUACUAUUCAAGUGUAUGAAGAAACAUCUGGUGUGUCUGUUGGCGAUCCUGUACUCCGCACUGGUAAACCUCUGUCAGUAGAGCUUGGUCCUGGAAUUAUGGGAGCCAUUUUUGAUGGUAUUCAAAGACCUUUGUCGGAUAUCAGUAGUCAGACACAAAGUAUCUACAUUCCCAGAGGAGUAAAUGUUUCUGCUCUUAGCAGAGAUAUCAAAUGGGAAUUUACACCCAGCAAGAAUCUACGGGUUGGAAGUCAUAUCACUGGUGGAGAUAUUUAUGGAUUUGUUGAUGAGAACUCACUUAUCAAACACAAAAUUAUGUUACCUCCAAGAAACAGAGGAACUGUCACUUACAUUGCUCCAGCUGGGCAUUAUGAUGCCUCUGAUGUUGUCUUGGAGCUUGAGUUUGAAGAUGUGAAAGAGAAGUUCAGUAUGGUCCAAGUAUGGCCUGUCCGUCAGGUUCGGCCUGUCACUGAGAAGCUGCCGGCCAAUCAUCCUUUGCUGACUGGCCAGAGAGUCCUUGAUGCCCUUUUCCCGUGUGUGCAGGGAGGAACUACUGCAAUCCCUGGGGCUUUUGGCUGUGGAAAGACAGUGAUAUCACAGUCUUUGUCCAAGUAUUCCAAUAGCGAUGUGAUCAUUUAUGUGGGAUGUGGUGAAAGAGGAAAUGAGAUGUCUGAAGUUCUCCGGGACUUCCCAGAGCUCACUAUGGAAGUUGAUGGGAAGGUGGAGUCCAUCAUGAAGAGGACAGCAUUGGUGGCUAAUACCUCCAACAUGCCUGUUGCUGCUAGAGAAGCCUCUAUUUAUACUGGAAUUACACUAUCAGAAUAUUUCCGUGACAUGGGCUACCACGUCAGUAUGAUGGCUGACUCUACCUCUAGAUGGGCUGAGGCCCUUAGAGAAAUCUCUGGUCGCCUAGCUGAAAUGCCUGCAGACAGUGGCUAUCCUGCAUAUCUUGGUGCCCGGCUGGCCUCUUUUUAUGAGCGAGCAGGCAGAGUGAAAUGUCUUGGAAAUCCUGAGAGAGAAGGGAGUGUCAGCAUUGUAGGAGCGGUUUCUCCACCUGGUGGUGAUUUUUCAGAUCCGGUAACAUCUGCUACUCUUGGUAUUGUUCAGGUGUUCUGGGGCUUAGAUAAGAAACUAGCUCAGCGUAAGCAUUUCCCCUCUGUCAAUUGGCUCAUCAGCUACAGCAAAUACAUGCGUGCCUUGGAUGAGUACUACGACAAACACUUCACAGAGUUUGUUCCUCUCAGGACCAAAGCAAAGGAAAUUCUGCAGGAAGAAGAAGACCUGGCAGAAAUUGUACAGCUUGUGGGAAAGGCUUCCUUAGCAGAAACAGAUAAAAUCACCUUGGAGGUAGCAAAACUUAUCAAAGAUGACUUUCUACAACAAAAUGGAUAUACACCCUAUGACAGGUUCUGCCCAUUCUAUAAGACAGUAGGGAUGCUGUCCAACAUGAUUGCAUUUUAUGAUAUGGCCCGAAGAGCUGUUGAAACCACUGCCCAGAGUGACAACAAAAUCACAUGGUCCAUUAUCCGUGAGCACAUGGGAGAGAUCCUCUAUAAACUUUCCUCCAUGAAAUUCAAGGAUCCAGUGAAAGAUGGAGAGAUGAAGAUCAAGAGUGACUAUUCACAACUUCUUGAAGACAUGCAGAAUGCAUUCCGUAGCCUGGAAGAUUAGAACUGUGAUGAUUUCUUUCCUCUUCUUCAGCAAGUUCAUACGUGUAUAUUUUCCUAAAUUCCUCAGCUCAAGCCCUUGGCUUCUUUUUUGUGCAGCUUUGAGAUUAGUGCCUAUGUAUGUUACAAGUUGUUUUGCUGUUUAUUUGGCAAGUCUGAUAUAAAACAAACAUUCCUUUGUUCCAGUGUUUGAGGGGCUCCCUGAUCCCUUAUCUGAAGUGGUGAAUGUAGUAAAUAUGACGUACAAUAGCUACAUACUGUAAACUUGUUUGUAUAGUGGCAACCUUCCUUCUCCUAGAUGUGCCCUUUUCUUCAUCUCCAUUAAAUUAUAAACAGAACCUACUGCAUGUGUGUCUUUGAAAUGGAUUUGGAAUAGAAGGCCCUUUGAAAGGAACAUUGGGAAAUGACUCAGUUUCUAUGCACGUGCAGCUUUGCUCAGUCACUGACUUGCAGGAAAUAUUUACUUUUAAAACCAUGUAUGAUUAAUGUUCCAGUUAUGCAUUACUUCCUCAGUAUAAAUCAGGAAUAUUUAUGGGGAACUGUUGGGAACUAUGAAAGUAUAUUUCAUUUCAUUAGAAAUAACUCCGUAUCAAAGACUAUAAAAUACUGCAUUGCUAGGAAGUUUUUUUAAUAUUACAUUUGAAACCAUCAUCAAAAAUUUAAUGCACAUCAUAUUCUCAUUCUUUUCCUCAAACAUCUUAGAAGCCGAAGCUCCUAAGGUUAUAUUCCAGUGUGGUGAGCAGGAAAAUGCCAUAGGGAACACAGUAGUAGUGAGUAAAAGCUGAUUGCCUUUUUUCUUUUUGAGUGCAAGUCCUGGGAUUGAAUGCAGGGCCUAGGUGCUGUCCUUGAGCUUUUGUCUUUAGGGCUUGUAAUCUACCACUUGAGCAACACCUUUAUGUCUGCCUUUUGUAUAGCUAAAUGGAGAUAAGAGUCACAGACUUUCCUCCCUGGGACGGCUUCAAACCAUGAUCAUCAGAUCUCAGCUUCCUGGCUCACAGUUUUAAGUCGCCAGCACCCAGCCAUGGCUGGUUAUCUUUUACAAAACAGCUGGGCUCUAAGUGAUUCUUGGGGCCUGAGUGGUAUUGUGUUUUUGUUAAGUAAUGACUUGAGUCAUUUGUUUGCAUGUUUUUUGGCUUGCUGAAUUUUUGAACAAUCAAUUUACCAAAUGGAGAAAAUAUCACUUUGAUGUGGUUUUUAUUCACUAGCUCAGGUUUCUCAAAAUACCUAUGGCCAUAACAGCAUAAUAGUUUUCCAUUCUGUGUAAUAGGGAUGAAUUAAUUCUUAACAUCUACUGAUAAUAGAAACCAGGUCAUUUGAAAACAAAAGGAUGAAUUUCAUCCUUCUUUUAAGAAUAUGUUUUAAAAGCAAUUUCUGCAUUUACAUAGUAAGGCACAUUGCAGAACAGCCCUGAGAGCAACUCUUUCUCAUGAACUCUUCCUGAACAACAGUGUUAGCACCAUUGCUUUCUUUUAGGGGAGAGGAAAGGGAUGAAUAGUCUACCAAUCUCCAAUAUGCAUAUGUAAUAGGAUAAAUAAAGUAUUUAUUUUAUGCCUCA